CCCAGGCUCUUUGUGGGGCUGGGAGCUCGGUGGAGAGUGGUGAGCUCCGUCUGCUCUGCCGACGCUGCUGGCAGUGGGGCUGUCUCGGGAAGGCGGACCCGUGAACGUCCAGUACCUGCACUCGCCGUCUGCCGCGCCCAUCUGCGCCCCUGUCAUCCUCAUUAGGGACGCAGUGACCGUUUUUAAAUUAUAAGGGCGUGGGUCAGCCUCCCCUAGGACUUCAUGUCUGUAUAUUUCCCCAUUCACUGCCCUGACUAUCUGAGAUCGGCUGAGAUGACUGAGGUGAUGAUGAACACCCCAUCCAUGGAGGAGAUUGGCCUCAACCCCCGAAAGGAUGGGCUUUCCUAUCAGAUCUUCCCCGACCCAUCGGACUUCGACCGAUGCUGCAAGCUGAAGGACCGCCUGCCCUCCAUAGUCGUGGAGCCCACAGAGGGGGAGGUGGAGAGUGGCGAGCUCCGGUGGCCCCCUGAGGAGUUCUUGGUCCAAGAGGAUGAGCAAGACAACUGCGAAGAGACAGCAAAAGAAAACAAGGAGCAGUAGAGUCCCCAUGGACUCCAAAAGGCCGUACCAGCCAGCAUCUGUACCUGAACUGUGUUUUUCCCAUCGUGAUGGAAGAAGAGUGAGCCACAGUAGUUCUCAAAAUGUCAAAUGAGGCUUCCGUUUUGCACCUGCAAAUCACCGAGUUGGUUUUUUUAUUUUCUUGUCUUUUUUAAAAAAGUUUUGUUGAGCAGCGGAGCCCUCUGACAAUUUGCAAGGCCUUCUGAGAAAGGAAGCUGCUUAGAGCAAGGGGCGGGGGGCGGGAAAUCGGGUGCUGCUUUUGAGAUCAUUAUCUGAACUCAAGCAAGUGAGAGGCAGUGGUGGGAUUCCAGCGGGCUCUGGGGUUGGGGGGGAGGGUGGGGGCUGUGCAAAGCAGCAAGGAACAUUUGGGGUAAGAAAACAAAUAUGAGGCAAAAGAGAAAAUACAUGUUUUUUAGGGGAGCAUACAGCAGAGAACUGCUGCAAGGAAUUUGCCAGGCAUCCACUCUGGCUGCUGGGGCAUCAGAAAACAAAGUCUUCAUCUCGCUCUCCAGUUUCACUCACUAUCCCCUUUUGCUUUAAUUCAGGUGUGUUGGUCUAUGGCAGGGAGGAGGGUGAGGAGGCUGCUUGCAAAGCCAGCUGGAGGUGAUGAACAGGAAAAGAAAGGUCACCCUGUCCUCUUCCUUGUCUCUGCCCCCUACGUGGUAGGCUCACGUAGCCCAGGUGAUCUGGAGGUUUAUAAGAGGCAGCGCUUUCAAGCUUUUUCUCCCCUGAUCUAUCCUUUCCACCUGCCAGUAUUGCAGGGAGUUAGGGAGCUCACUUCCUGGCAUCGCUGGAGGUGGACACUUGGGCAUGAAGAUUCCUCCCUCAAACUGCUCCCCUCUCAAGAUGCAUUGUCAGAAUCUAAGCAAAGGGCUGGAGUAGGUAGACUCUUGAGGUUUGUCCUUCUUACCAGUACCCUUCCCACCCCUGGCCACAGCAGCUGCCAAGUGCAUUCACCAGCCCCACUGAAGAGUACAGCUAGUCCCUGCUCCCAUGUGGAUUCCUGUGGGGACUGAGUAAAGAGCAGAGGCAGUCUUUUCUGCUUCUUGUUGGGGAGAUGAACUUUCACGCAGGUCCCAAGAGCUGGCAUAGCCUGGGAAUUCAUGCAUGGGGUGACAAGGCUCACAUGUAGCAGCCUUGAGAAUUCACUUUGAAACUAAAGGAUGCCAUGAGUUAUCUGGCUGCUCCCCAGUUCCUGCAUGUGGAUUGGGGAGAGGUAUGGUGAAGGAACACUCUGGUGUCCUACUGGAUGGCGAUCCUCAUCCCUUCUCACCUCCCUCCUGUCUCCUCCAGGGGACCUAGCUGCAGAAGAAAGUUAGGCUUUAGGCUCAGAGCUUCUUAUCAGUUAGGAACCAUCCAGAACAGCAAACUGGGACAAAUGCUUCAAACUAUGUCUCAGAGCAGGACUGUAGCUCCAAGAGGUGGACGAAGAGCCUCUCUUGGGCUAUGCUUGGCCAACCAAGGCUCCUACCAUUCCCCUCAGGUCUCCAGGCCAUCUAGCUUGACCCCCCCCAUUCCCCCCCACCCAGUUUGGACUUGUGUGUAUAGCUGUAUUUAAUACCUCAAGGUCAGUGUAGCUCCGGGGAGUGUUGGGCAGGAAAAUGAGGGUGUGCUUUGGCAUGAUAGCCAGGUUCGCCUCUGGGGAGCUGACGACCAUCCUCACCCCGGUUUCCCCCUUUGUCUGCCUCUGUGACACACCGAUGGCAAUAACUUCUUCCAGCUCGCAGAAGUGGGAGAGGCCUGCAGCCUGUGCUGUGAGGGGGUUGCUCGCUCUCUCGCUUCCUUCUUCGUCCUGUCUCAGCUGCAGAGAGUUGUUCCUCCUUACUCUCAUCCCCUCGCAGCAUUUCUCAUCCCUGCCUGCUUUUGUGGACGGGGGUCUUGCCUUUUAAACUCCUGCGUUUCGUGUCUCCCUCUCAUCUGCUACCCCAGAUCAUCUGUCCCAGUCUUGCUGUGUGAUGGGAAUGUGCUUGUAAACUACGUAACAAAUCUACUUUGUGUCUAUGUAUGUUUAUUGGGGGGGCGGGUAAUUUUUUUUUUGCCAGUGAUUAGACCACUUUGUACGACUGUUUGCAGUCUGAGCAGGCCAGGGGCUGACAGCUAAAGUCAGGACUCUCAGCAGUUGAGCCUGUUGGGGGACCCAGCUGCUCUUGGACAAGUGGCUGAGCUCCUGUCUGGCCUCUUUUUUUUUUUUUAAAGUAAUUUGUGUGUGUUUCUAACUGAUUGUAUUAAAAAAAAAUCCUAGUAUUUCAGUAAAAAUGCCUGUUGUGAGAUGAACCUCCUGUAACUUCUAUCUGUUCUUUUUUGAGGCUCAGGGAGAAACUAGCAUUUUUUUUUUUUUUCCAAACUACUUUUUGUCACUGUGACAGUUGUAAAUAAAGUUUGAAAAUGCUUUCCA